ACAAAAAAUAUUAAUAAUCCAUAUUCAGACAUCAUGCAUACUCAAGCUUGGUUAAUUCAAUUUGAUCUGGUCUAAUUGUAUCGUAAGCUGUCACACCAUUCUAAAGAAAGUCAAUGAAAUUAAUCUUUGUUUAUUGAAACUAUCCUUAAUUAAAUCAUUAACUCAAUGCAAAACAAAGCAUAUCAAUCAAAUCAUUAAUAUAUAUGAAAACUACAUACCCACUGCCUGAUAUCGCUCACCGAUAUAAAACUCUACAAAUAUUAGAUUAAGGUAAUCAUGGAUGUUUUAGAACAUUUGAUCUUGGCUUUUCUGGGUGGUCUAGCUCUUGUCAAUCUUGUUCAAUCUCAAGGUCAAAUAGGUUUCAUAAGCUUAGAUUGUGGAUUAGCAGCAAAUACGAGCUACAUUGAACCAACAUUAAUGCUUCGAUUCACUUCUGAUGCUGAUUAUAUAAACAGCGGUGUAAGCAAAAGCUUAUCCUCUAAUUAUCAACAAUAUAUUCCACGACAGUAUCAUUAUGUUAGAAGCUUCACCCAAGGAUUGAGGAACUGUUACAAUAUAAGCGUUCAGGAAAACACCAAUUAUUUGAUGCGAGCAAGUUUCUUGUAUGGAAAUUACGAUGGACUCGGUCAACUGCCGAUAUUCGAUAUCUACUUUGGAGAUAGCUUAUGGAUGACAGUGAAUAUUACUGAUGAAAACACAUAUACCACAAUAGAUUCUAUUCAUGUGACCUCAAACAAUCAAGUACAUAUUUGUCUUGUCAACACAAACAAUGGGAUUCCUUUCAUCUCUUCAUUAGAAUUUAGACCAUUGCCCAAUGAGACUUAUAAGGUCUUGACAAGAUCCCUGCUGCUUUACCGUCGAUACGAUUAUGGUACAACAGCAAAUACAAUCUAUAGGUUUCCUGAUGAUAUCUAUGAUCGCUAUUGGAUACCUUACAACAAGCCUGAAUGGGGAAGCAUAAGUACCAAUCAGACAAUAGAUUCUGUGUAUAACAAUUUUUAUCAGCCAGGGACUGUUGUCAUGGGAACAGCAGCUACUCAAAAAGAUGUAAACAAGCCCAUAGAGAUCGAGUGGGAGCCAGAAGAUGAAAACACCCAAUAUUAUGUAUACAUGCACUUUGCUGAAGUUGUAGAUCUGAAAGCCAAUAAGAGUUUUAGAGGAUUCAACGUCACCUAUAAUGAGAGUUUUUGGUACGGUCCCCUCAUUCCUCCUCCCUUGAGUACGAUAACGCUUUACAGUACAGGACCAAUAACGACAGUGCCAACCAAAAAGCAUCUAUUCUCAUUUGUUCCUAUUGAAAAUUCAACGCUCCCUCCAAUCAUAAAUGCUAUAGAAAUCUAUUCCGUGAUAAAUCUCUCAGAACUAACAUCAGACCAAGGAGAUGUGGAUGCAAUCAAAAGCAUCAAGUCAACUUAUGGAAUAGUCAAAGAUUGGGAAGGAGAUCCAUGCGUUCCAAGAGCACAACCUUGGGAGGGUAUAGAUUGUACCAAAACCAAUGAAACUGCUCCUAGAAUUUUGUCUUUGAAUUUGUCAUCAAGUGGAUUGACAGGGAUUAUUUCUCCAAUGAUAUUCAAUCUAGAAAUGUUACAAAUCUUGGACUUGUCUAACAACGACUUGACAGGAAAUAUCCCUGAUUUUCUGUCUAAUUUAUCAAACCUUGUAGUCCUAAAUUUAGAGAACAACAAGUUCACAGGAUCUGUUCCAUCUGAACUCAUUAGGAGAUUCAAUAACGGUUCAUUAUCGUUAAGUGUUGAAGGGAAUCCAAAUCUAGAUUGUAUAUCAGAUUCAUGCAAGAGUAAGAAGAACAAUGUCAUUAUUCCAAUAGUAGCAUCAAUUGGCGGAUUGAUAGUCAUUGCUGUAAUUGCAAUGACCUUCUUUUGGAUUGUUAAAUCGAGGAAGAGAGGACAAAAUGAAAACGGAGUUUCAAAGACAGAUCGCUCGGAAACCAACAAUCAAUUAAGUGACUUGUUGGAGACAAAGAGGAGACAAUUUACAUAUUCAGAAGUCUUGAGGAUGACAAACAAUUUUGAGAGAAUUCUAGGCAAAGGAGGUUUCGGGAUGGUUUACUAUGGUCUCAUGGACAACACUCAAGUGGCUGUGAAGAUACUUUCUCAAGCAUCAGGUCAAGGUUACCAACAGUUUCAAGCAGAGGUUACGCUUCUGCUGAGAGUUCACCAUAAAAACUUGACAGACCUCGUGGGGUAUUUGAAUGAAGGAGACCGCCUCGGCCUCAUUUAUGAGUUCAUGGCCAAUGGAAACUUAGCAGAGCAUCUUUCAGAGAAGAGUUCACAUGUCUUAAGUUGGCAAGAUAGACUCCGGAUAGCCAUGGAUGCAGCACAAGGAUUGGAGUACCUGCAUGAUGGUUGCAAGCCCCCUAUAAUCCACCGAGACGUGAAAACAACAAACAUCUUGUUGACAGAGAAUUUCCAAGCCAAACUUGCAGAUUUUGGUUUGUCCAAGAGCUUCCCAACAGAUGGGAACAACAACAACAGCAACUACAUGUCCACCAUUGUUGCUGGUACUCCCGGUUACCUUGAUCCAGAGUACUACAUAUCGAACCGGCUGACGGAGAAAAGUGAUGUGUACAGCUUCGGGAUUGCUCUGCUGGAGAUAAUCAGCUGCAGACCAGUGAUAUCAAGAAAUGAAGAGAACGCCCAUAUCAGCAAGUGGGCGAACACCAUGGUGGCUCAAGGGGACAUUAACGGAAUAGCGGACGAAAGAUUGAGAGGAAAUUAUGAUGUGAACUCGGUUUGGAAGGCGGUGGAAAUAGCGAUGAAUUGUUUAGCGGGUAGCCCCGGUAGAAGACCGACGAUGGGGCAAGUGGUGGCGGAACUGAAGAAUUGCUUGGCCAUGGAAUUGGAACGGACGCCGGAAAGUCGAGGGUUCGAUUCGACGAAUUCGGGUAAUAUGAUGUCCAUUGUUAUGGAUUACGGUGGAUCCGUUCCAAUGGCGAGGUGAAAUUUUGGUGCAAGAUCUGUGUUGGAAACCAGAAAUCGCUAUCGCGCAAUUACCGUCGCCUUGUAAAUUUCUGAAGAUGCUCCUUGUUUUUCCCGUUCUUGUAAAAUGCAAAUGCUUCGGACGAUCUUUUUUUUUUUUUUGGGUUUAAUUAUGGUUAAGUUACAUGUCUCCUAGUUUCCUCUCUAUUUUAGUUCUUAAAGUUCUAUUUUUUUG